ACCAUCAAACUGUACGGCGAUUAAGAGCAGUGUCUCUGUGAAUGGAAGCGUCAUCGCCUGUUGCUGUGUUGACUUCGAUCUUCUCACUAGUUAGGUUACUUAGGGGCUGGUAGCUAAUCCCCUGCUUGUUCCUUCUCCGAUCACUACAAAACUGUCCAACGAAAAUGGCUUCGAUUUCGCUAUAUACUCCACCCUCCAAUCCAUAUAACCGCGACGUCGUUUCAUUUCCAAGAAGCAGGCAUUCAUGUACCGUCCCUUUCAAAACUAGCUUUUUUGGCUCCAAAUUGCCCGGCAAAACUCUUUCAAUAUCAAAUCACAAUGCCCCAAAACUCCGAACCCAACCCGUUAUAUCAGCUUCUACUCAUACUUACGAUGUCGUAAUAAUUGGUGCUGGUAUUAUCGGGUUAACUAUUGCCCGACAGCUCCUAGUCGGGUCGGACCUAUCCGUUGCCGUCGUCGAUAAAGCUGUCCCGUGCUCUGGUGCAACUGGUGCAGGGCAAGGCUAUAUAUGGAUGGCGCACAAGUCACCGGAGAGUGACACGUGGUCGCUUACAAUGCGAAGCCACGAACUGUGGAGGAUGUUCGCCGAGAGCAUCCGUGAUCAAGGCUUGAAUCCAUUAGAGGUGUUGGGCUGGAAGAAGACUGGAAGUUUGUUAGUGGGGAAAACCCCUGAAGAAACUAAGGUGUUGAAAAUGAAGGUGAAGAUGUUAUCUGAAGCUGGAUUAAGAGCAGAUUACUUGUCUAGUUAUGAUUUGAAAUUGGAGGAACCUGCACUAGAGGUUGGGGAAGCUGGUGGGGCUGCCUUUCUGCCAGAUGACUAUCAAUUGGAUGCUCAAAGAGCUGUUGCAUUUAUCGAAAAGUGUAAUAGACAUUUUGCAUUAAAAGGGAGAUAUGCAGAGUUCUAUCACGAUCCAGUGACAAGCUUAUUGAGAUCUUCAAGCACUGGGGAGGUGGAAGCUGUUCAAACUUCCAAGACUACCUUAUACAGUAAGAAAGCCAUUGUUGUUGCAGCUGGUUGUUGGAGUGGGUCUUUGAUGCAUGAUCUUUUUAGCGAUUCUGAUACGGCAAUACAUGUCCCUGUUAAGCCUCGGAAGGGUCACUUACUUGUGCUUGAGAACUUUAGUUCCUUAAAAUUGAAUCAUGGCCUGAUGGAGGCAGGUUAUGUUGGUCACCGAGCUGCAGGUAUGAAAACUUCAAGUUCAGCAUCAGGAUCUGUUGAUCAUGGGAGAACCCUGUCUGUUUCGAUGACAGCGACAAUGGACUCUGUUGGAAACCUUGUUCUUGGGAGCAGCCGUGAGUUUUCAGGGUUUAGCACUGAAGUCGAUGAGUCCAUUGUUGGUCAUAUAUGGAAACGAGCUGGAGAAUUCUUUCCCAAACUAAAAGAGCUGUCCCUUGGAGAUCUCAUCAUGAACAGAAAACUGAGAAUAGGCUUACGCCCUUACAUGCCUGAUGGGAAACCGGUGAUUGGGCCUGUGCCUGAUUUUUCAAAAGUGCUCAUUGCAACUGGGCAUGAAGGUGGAGGUCUUUCUAUGGCUUUGGGUACUGCUGAAAUGGUUGCUGAUAUGGUGUUGGGUAAUCCUGGGACUAUUGAUCAUGCACCAUUUGCUGUUCACAAUCGAUGUUGUUGAUAUCAUGUGUGCCAAUAAAGAGAAGCGAUGGAAGAUUGAAGAUUGAAGCAUUAACAUAACAAGCAUAUUGAUGUUUAAAGUGCAGCUGGUUCUCAGGGAACCUCAAGGUAACUGGAGCCUGGAGGAGCUGGAUAAAUGGUUUAAGGUGUCAUAUUCAGUGAAGUCCAUGAAGUUGGGGAAACCUGCAAGCAUUGAAUUCGUGCUGGAUUAGUUCCUGCAAGCAUUUGAUGCCCAAACUCUUCAUCAUCCUUCCAGGCUAAUUUGUUCUCUGAAGAAUAAUAUGCAAAUUGAACCUAUAAAUGCUUAAACAAAUAAAAAAUGGGACAUCCUUUCAACUCAUAAAUUGGAUAAGGAAAUGAGCAGCAGCCUGGACUGAGUUUGAUAUGACCUCUGAAAGUUGUUUGGGGCUAAGUCGCUCAUCUGGUGGUACAUAUAUAUCCAAGUUUAUUAUUUCUGCUCUGCUUUCUGUAGCGGGAUCUAUGUCAAGUGAACAUACAGCACAUACAGAAACGUGAAAA